UUUCCCGCCGGCCCGGCCCGGAGCGGAGCCCGGCUUCUCCUCCCGGGCACGGAGCCGCCUCUCCCGCAGGUAGAGACCAUGCCUCCGAAAUUCAAGCGGCACCUGAACGACGACGAGGUGACGGGCUCGGUGAAGAGCGAGCGGAGGAACCUGUUGGAGGAAGAUUCGGAUGAAGAGGAAGACUUUUUCUUGAGAGGACCUUCUGGACCAAGAUUUGGACCCAGGAAUGACAAGAUCAGGCAUGUCCAGAACCAGGUGGACGAAGUCAUCGACGUUAUGCAGGAGAACAUCACGAAGGUAAUUGAAAGAGGCGAGCGGCUGGAUGACCUGCAGGAUAAAUCAGAAAGUUUAUCAGACAAUGCAACAGCUUUUAGCAACAGAGCCAAGCAGCUUCGGAGACAGAUGUGGUGGCGAGGCUGCAAGAUGAAGGCAAUCAUAGCACUGGUGGCGGUCAUUCUUCUGCUUGUGAUCAUCGUGCCCAUAGUCCUGAAGUACCAUACCUGAUGGGGCAGCUGGAGGCUUCGGUGGAGCUGGCCCUGGGAUAACAAAACUGCUGUGUAAUUUAAGUGAGAUAUCUGUAUAUAGCUUUGAAGUUGUUUUUCUCCAAGGAGCGAGGAGGCAGCGGCAAGUAGCCAGUUCUAACAGUGUUUUAAGAACUGCCAAAUGACCCUUUUUUUUGGUCGAGUACCUGCUCCUGCUGUCAGACUUUUUUUAUAACAGAAGAUUCAGUUCCCAAAGCGCCUGUUUUGUGGAAUUCUGGGUCUCUGGUUUGGAGCUGGCUACUUGCCACUACAGUUUAUCUGUAUAUAUGGUUGAGUUGUAAUAUUAAUAAUAAUAUCAUUUCAGCAGUUCCCCACUGCCUAUUGUGGAAGGCAGAGGGGACUCUGUCCUUUCAUCAGAGCAAAGGAGGGGAAAAAUGUCUGAAGAGAAAUAUACCAUUAUGUGAGAGGGAGCUGA